AUGAAUACAGAUAUAGAGUUGGACAAAUAAAAUAACAUGAGCAGUCCUUUGAUAAAUAAUAAAGAAAACGAAUAAAAGAGUAGUUAAAUUCUAAAUAGAAGUUCUUCAAUCUAUUAAAUAAAUUAGGGUUUGUUACGUUCUUAAAUAAACGAACAACUUGAUAAAUCCCUUUCAGAAUUUGUAAUAUUUAUUGAAGUAUCAGUAGUAAUCGAUAGAGGAGUUGAGAAAAGUGCUGCCCUUCGUUAAUUACGGUAAGGCAUUGAAUAUGCUUCUGAAGGCAACACAGGAGGGAGAAGUUGAAGAAUUCUUAGUAAUUUUGGAUGAUUUGAAAAUUAGAAAGUAGAAAUUAAGAUUGGACGAGAUAUUGGAUCAGAAAAAGUAAACUCUACUUCACAUUGCAUGCUUUAAGAAUUUACCCGCUGUAGUGGAGAAAUUGUUGGAAACUGUGAAGCAAAAUUCUACAUAAAAUCAAUUUGAAGAAUGGGUGAAUAGAGUCAAUUAGGACCAAUUUGCAUCUGUUCAUUUUGCAGCCUAUGUGGGUUCUAUAUCAAUAUUAGAGAUGCUUAAGAAUGCUGGAGCAGAUAUAAGCAUAAAAAAUUCUCAAGGUUAAAAUGCUUUGUCAGUAGCAGCUUAAGGUGAUUAAGUUUAAGCGAUGGUAUGGUUAUAUUUAUAAGGUCAAUCAAUAGUUGAGUAAGAUUCACAAGGAGGAACGCCUUUGCAUUGGGCAACGUAUUUUGAUAGUCUUUUUGCCCUCCAAUUUUUGUUGUCAUGGUUGUCCAAACUACCGAACUACAGCUAUUAUAUAAAUCUGAAGGAUGGAGAAGGUAUGACCCCUUUGCACUUGGCUGCUGUAACUGGAAACUGUAGAAUUGCAAAGAAAUUACUUUAAAAGGGAGCAAAUAAAAGUAUAAGAGAUUCUAAGAACUAAACUCCUGCUGAAGCUGCCUUAGAAAAUCAAUAGAAUGGUGUUUAUGAGAUUUUGAUGUCAAAUAAUUGCUUAUUAGAAUUUCUAAAUAUAAAGCCAAGGUAUUUGUAAUGAAUACUAGGAUAGCAUCAAACCUCCCUCUGUAAGUUGGACUUAAAUCAUAGCUUUUUUCAUAAUCUACUUUUAUUGUAUGAUAGGAACUAUUUUGUUUGUCUACCCCUUUUAUUUCAACCACGAAUGGCUUUAAAUUUUGUCAGUCUUUUCCUUUUUGUUAGGAAUAAUACUGUAUUUUUUGACCAUGUUCUUACAUCCUGGUUAUAUUGAGAAAAGCACAGAUUAAUAUCAGUUGUUUAAAUUAUUGAAUGACAAUGAACCUUGGGAAGUGUGUUAAGAAUGUCUAAUAAAGAAACCUGAGAGGUCUAGACAUUGUGAAUUUUGCAAAAGGUGUAUCGUUGUAUAUGAUCAUCAUUGUCCUUGGGUGAACAAUUGUGUAAUGAUUAUGUUCAUUCUAAUAGAUUGGAGCAAAAAACUACUUUAUUUACUUUUCCUUUAUUUCUAUAAUUUGGAUAAAUUUGAUUCAUAUUUUAAUUCUGAAUAGUUUGUUUAUAGGGCAUGGAUACAGUGAUAGCAAUCCAGUUUAUAGUUGGUUUAAUAAUAUGAUCGAGUCUCACUCGAAUACUUUAUUUAUAACCAAGAUAGUUGUUUAAUCAAUAAUAAUAUUUUUGAGUGUUUUGUUCAUAAUAGCAGUGUCUCAUUUACUUUAUGGAUAAAUCAUAACAUUAUUUACAAACAGGACUACAUUUGAGAAGUACAAGCAAGCUGAAAACUUUCAGUCCAACAGUGGGAAGUCAAAAAGCUAGAAACAAUUGUAAUAAUUCAUAUCAUAUUAGAUCAUAACAAUCAAUAAAAGCUGAAGAUCCUAAGAUAUAAUGUUCAUGUACGAAUUGUAUAUUGAUGUGUUGUGGAAAUGCUAAUAACCCUGCUUUUUAGUGA